AUUUGCAUUAGUAAAACAACAAAAUAUAAAAUGUAUUGAUAUCGCAAAAAAAAUUGAAAAAAUCUCAAAAAAAAAUUUCCUACGACAAAAAUGAAAAAUUUUAAACCGCUUUUCAUCCUCCUGAUCUCACUCAAGUCUUUAACCAUCGUCGUUGCAUCGCCCGAACGAAGUUAUUUCGAAUUUAACUUAAAUAAGGAAAAGAAUGAGAUUUCAAUUCCUAUAACAUUAAAUAAGGAGACAAAUGUGAUAGUAACGAUUCUUUGCGAAUCAAUAAACAGCACAGAAGUGACACUUAAAUACACAUUUACGGAGAAAAUAUGUCAUAAUUUUGAAGAAAACAAAACCCUCGAUGAUCCAGUAAUAUACGAAACAGAAAAGUACCCUUGUAAUGGACCUAUUAGCUUAUCAAGAAUCAAACUCGCACAAAAUAAUAGAAACUUUGAAGUCACUAAGCCAACUAACGAUAAAUCAAUAUUAACAGUACCAAAGGAUGGAAUUUACAUUUUCCAGCUUCAAAUGGAUUCUCCUCCAUACACUAAGUUUAAUGCCAACACAGUUAUCAAAUUCAUAGGUCCACAUGGCAUGUUAACAGCAAAAGACUUGCCACUGCUGCAUUUCUAUGCCUUCAUGUGCUUGUAUUAUUCACUUCUUGCCAUAUUUUGGACAAUAGUCUCUUCAGUAUUCUGGCGACAAUUGUUACGCAUUCAAUUUUGGGUCGGUGCUGUUAUCCUUCUCGGCAUGCUUGAGAAGGCUAUGUUCUACUUUGAAUAUCAUCAAGCUAAUAGCAUUGGAUACUCGUCGAUGCCAUUGGCAUUGAGUGCUGAGCUGAUAUCCUGUGUCAAGCGCACACUAAGUCGAGUCCUCGUCCUGUACAUUUCUAUGGGCUUUGGAAUAAUCAAAGCACGCAUCGGUGAUGAGUCAGUUGUAAGAAUAUCAGUCAUGUCCUCGCUUUAUUUCACAAUGGCUUCAAUUGAGAGCUACUUAAGACUAGCACAAACUGAAAGUCGUAGUGAGAAUCGACAGUUGGUCCUUGCAGCCGUACCACUUGCAUUAAUAGAUUCAUUGAUCUGUUACUGGAUCUUUACAUCACUUAUUCAAACAAUUAGGGCACUCAGACUGCGACGAAAUACAGUCAAGCUUCAAUUUUACAUUCAUUUCAAGAAUGUCCUCAUUUUUGGUGUCACAAUGUCAAUUGCCUUCAUGAUUUAUUCCAUCAAGAUUCACAAAGAGACUGAAUGUGCUUGGAAGGAUUUGUGGAUUGACAUUUCAUUCUGGCAUGUCCUGUUCUCAAUUUUAUUGACUGUCAUUGCCUUCCUUUGGCGUCCAACUAAGAAUAAUCAACAAUAUGCAUUCGCACCGCUUUUGAAUGACAAUGACGAUGAUGAUGAUGAAGAGGAAGUUCAUUUCUCAGCAGAUACACAUGAGACACUUAGUAAAGUGAGGACGAGUAGUAAGUCACAUGCUCAACAUGAUAAAAAUCUUGAACAAGAGGACAGCAUGAUGAAAUGGGUUGAGGAGAAUAUCGCUAAUAGUUCCAUACUUCUUGAUUCCGAUGACGAAUUAAUGAACACUAAGUUUGAAGUAUCAAAGAUGCAAUGAGUUUAUAUUUAUUUACUUUUUAAAUUCCUUUUUAUUUUUUAUGUAUAAAUUCAUAGACAUUUU